UUUCACUAAAAAUAAGAAUAAUGGCUAAAAUGACAUCUUCUGGUGAUGAUAAAUCCAUAGUUGGAAAACUAAUGUCAGCCGUUUUAAAUCAAGCUGGGUCUUCUCAUUCGGUUGAAAUAUGUGAAGUAAAUGAAAAUGAAGAGACUGAAACGCAAGUCGUCGAUAAAUUACUUAGUGGAGCUUUAACUUAUACCGAUUACACAAAAUGUAUGGGGGAAGAUAGUGAAGCUGAAGUUGAAGAUGAUGAACUAAACGAUGAUAUCGCUGAAGAUCAACAAGACGAAGAAGUUAUUAUUGAUGAAAUAAUAAGUAAAGAUAAAUCGACAUCAGAAGAUAAAAUCACUAAAAAGCCUAAACGUAGAUCUGUACGACGGAGUAAAUUACCAUUAGCUUUGAAGGGUCUUAUGGGAGAAGCAAAUUUACGAUAUGCACACGGUGAAACUGAUAUAGCAGAAAAACUCUGUUUUGAAAUUAUUCGACAAGUUCCAACUGCUGCUGAACCAUUUCACACAUUAGCACAAAUUUAUGAAGCUGAUCAUCCUGAAAAAAGUUUACAAUUAUCAUUAAUUGCAGCACAUUUAAGUUCACACAACGGCGAAGAAUGGAUUAGAUUUGCCAACAUAUCACUCGAAAAAAAUGAUGUUCGGCAAGCUUCUGUAUGUUUAACAAAAGCUAUAACCGCUGAUCCCAAAAAUAUAAUGUAUCAUUUACGACGAUUAGAAGUUUAUGAAACUUAUAUGACCGAUACACUCAUGUAUCUGAAAGCAGGAAUGCGAUUACUUAAUGUCUUAGAUGGUGAAACACAUUCUGAUUUAUUAAUCAAAUAUGCUUUGAUUGUAGCUGAAGGAUACUUUAAAGGGGGUCAUAAUCAAAAAGCGAAAGAAGCUAUGGAAAUGUUAUUUCAAAAGUGUCCACAACAUGUUACUUUAGAGCACGUAAAUCGGAUGAUUGACCUUUUGCUGGGAUGUAAAGCUUUUCAUCAAAUUAUUGAAUUAUUAGUAGAAUAUUGUUCGUACUCCAUUGAAGCAGAGAAACAAACGUAUAAAAAUACAGAUGGAACCGUUGAAGAAAAUAUUGUGAUAUUAAAUUAUGAAGUGCCUCAAGAAGUUCCAAUUGACAUACAUGCGAAGUUUUUAAUAACAUUAAUCUACAUGAAACUCACCAAUCUUAAUGAAAAUAUCCAAAAUGAAGUAGAAAAAUUUAAUGUCGAACAAUCUGGUGAUUUACUAUUCGAUAUUGCUGAAGCAUUCAUGCAAGAAAAUUUACAUUCCCAAGCAUUUUUAAUUCUUGAUAAAUUAGUUAAAACUGAAAAAUUCAGUAUGGCUGCUGUUUGGUUACGGCAUGCUGAAUGUUUACAGGUUUGUCGUAAAUUUACUGAAGCGAUUGAAAGUUAUAAACAGGUUAUUGAAUUAGCACCGCAAUUAGCUGAUGUACGAAUGACAUUAUCUACAUUAUUACGUGAACAAGGACGUGUAAAUGAGGCUCUUGUUGCAUUAGAUCAAGAACUCUUAAUCGAAGAUCUAGAUCCUCAUGUAUUGAUUCAACGGUGUAAAUUACUCCGACAGCAUUAUAAAUUUAAAGAAUAUAUCCGUGAUGCUUUACUGUUAUUACUGCGUCAUUGUAUCGAUUCCUCAAUUAUUCAAGAAUUGCAACAAGAUAUUAAUAUUAGUCUCGAUGAUAAUCAAAUUUUAUCACUAGAUCCAAUUUCUGAGGUUUUUAUUAAUGAAGUUCCGAUUAAAAGUGAGAAAAAAGGAAAAGAUAAAGAGAAAAAAACAGAAUUAAUGAUUGAACAAGAAUGGAAAAUUUAUAAUGAUAUUUUAAAUAUUUCAUAUUUAGCUAAUCAAAUGAAUUUAAUGCAACGAAUUAAUCAAUCAGCUUUGUUAUCGAAGAAAUUUACGAAAGAACCGAUUUACAAGAAACAAAUCGAAUUAGCGCAUGCAAUAUCAAGUAUUUACAGUAAAGAUACGUAUAAUGGAUAUAACACACUUCGGGCGAUGAUUUUAAGCGACGUACAUAACGUAAACAUUUGGAAUUUAUUUAACGCGUUGCUACAAACACCGGAUGAUUGUCGAAAUCAUCGUUUUGUGAUGCGAUUACUUUCACGUGAAAAUGUUAGCCCGGUCCUUCAUAUUUUACAUGGAAAUAACUGUCUGGUCGCGGGUACAUAUAAAUAUGCAUUAAGUGAAUAUUGUAAUACAUUUCGAUCUUUUGAAUCCCCCCUCGCGGCAUUUUUAAUUGCUGUAACACUGUUUCAAAUGGCGUGUCAAAAGAAUACAGCAAAAAAACAUUCGUUGGUUGUACAAGGUCAUGCAUUUUUAACAAUUUAUAAAAAAUUACGUGGUGCCGAUUGUUUUCAUGAAGUACAUUAUAAUUUUGGUAGGGCUUAUCAUCAAUUAGGUGUGUAUCCUUUGGCAAUUCAUUAUUAUAAAAAGGUUUUGGAUUUUGAUUCGCCUUUAUUGAGACAGAAAAGUAGAAAUGAUUUAGAUUUAAAACGUGAAGCGGCUUUUAAUAUAAGUCUAUGUUAUAAGUUGAGUGGAGCGAAACAUUUAGCGUUAAUGUAUUUGCGAAAAUAUAUUGUUGUAUAA